AUGAAGUUAAUUUUAUUAAUUCUUGGAUUAAUUUUGAAUAUUUCCUCAUGUGCUGAAAUUCUGUGCAUUUAUGUAUUGCCAGUGUAUAGUCAUAUGUCUGUUUAUAAUGCUGUGACUAUGGAAUUGUUAUCGAGAGGCCACAAAAUUACAUUAAUAAGUGUUGAUCCAAGAGAAAAUGAAAGAAAUAAUGAAAAUGUGACACUAGUGGACGUCUCGUUCAUUAAGGCAAAAUAUGAAGAUGAAAUGGAAAAGUUUCUUAUUAAUCCGUCAGAUUUACUUAAAAACAAUCCAUUUUUGGAAAUUAUAAUUGAACUUUUUGAAACAAAUGAAUUUAAAAAUCUACUCAAAAUUGAUAAAAAGUUUGACUUGCUGCUAAUGCAAGUUUUUGGAUUUUCUCCAUUCAAUGCUUUAGCUGAACAUUUCAAUGUUCCUGUUGUUAGCAUCACGGCAACUGAUGCGCUAUCAAUAGAACAUGAAAAUAAAGGAAAUGUUAUGAAUCCAGUUGCACAUCCAGAUCUUCUCCUUGAAUUCCCGAUUGCAAGGACAUUCUUGGAACGACUUCAAAGUAUAACUUUUUGGAUGACUUAUAAGUUUGUAAUGAUGCCAGCACUGGUCAAAAUUUGUGAUGAUGUCAUUGAUAAAUACCUGCCAGAUACCAAAAAUAGAGAUUAUUAUGAUUUAGUAAAAAAUGUUGAUUUACUUUUGAUUAAUGCACAUCCUGUCAUGGGAUUUAUUCGUCCAAUUCUACCAAAUACUAUUCCACUUGGAUUCCUUCAUAUUUAUCCUCCUCAACCUUUACCAGGAAUACUUCAAGAAAUUCUUGAUAAAAAUACAAAUGGAGUUAUCUUUGUAAGCUUUGGGACUGUCUAUAAACCAAACUGCUUUCCAAAUGUGGUUCAAAAAUUAUUGACAGCAUGUGAGAAUUUACCAUACUUAUUUCUGUUUAAGUAUGAUGGUGUGUUAGAUGAUGUACCCAAAAAUAUGAUAAUACAGAAAUGGUUUCCCCAGUCUGAUCUACUAGCUCAUAAUAAUAUCAAGCUGUUCAUAACACAAGGGGGUCAACAAUCUAUGGAAGAAUCUAUAUUACGCCGAGUUCCAAUGCUGAUUAUGCCAAUAUCAAGUGAUCAACGAGCUAAUGCAAUCCGAGUAGAAGAUCGACAAAUUGCUAAAGUUUUAGACAUCCAUAAAAAUGACAAAAUUAAUUCAGAUGACAUCAAGAACUCGAUAUUGGACUUGGUCAAUAAUAAAAGAUACAAAACAAAUAUCAAAAGCUUAGCAAAACUAGUCGAAGAUGUUCCAAUGACGUCACGUGACAAGGCUGUUUGGUGGAUAGAAUACGUUAUCAGGAAUCGUGGUGCAAAGCAUUUCCAUUACGAGCAGAAAGACAUUCCAUUUUAUCAAUAUCAUUAUUAUGAUGUUAUUGCAUUUAUAGGAGCUGUUAUCAUGCUGAUUAUUUUAUUUUUAAUUGUAUUUUUGAGAUGCAUUGGAAAAUGCUUUAAAUCUUUAACUGCCUAUAAAUUAAAGAUUCAAUAA